AUGUUUGCUAAGCUACCAGCUAAUCAAGUGAGCAACCAGAAACUUCAUACACGAAUCUUAGAUCUUUCAUCUGGAGAUUUGCUUUCAGAGGUGGGACGAAGCCAAAGUCUGAUCCAGUCACGAACUGAUGUUGAGCUGCAUGAUCACCAACUGAAUGCAAAACCAGGAACCCUGGCCUUGAAAUGCCCCGGGUUGGGGGUUGUCAUCCCUGGUCGUCUCUGCCCUGGAAACAGCUGUAGUAGCAGUGAACUGUCUCUUUCAAGCACUUGCAGCGAGUACUCCAGCGGGUCCUCCUACACAUGGCAUGAUGGGAAGAACCUCAGGAAAAGGCAAUCAUCACAGAACUGGGAUAAAAGGCUGAGUAUCGAUUCUUCGCUCCCAAGUGGCUUUGCUAGUCCUGCAGAUGAACGACCUCCAACUCGUAUCAAAGAAAGCCACAUUUUAGAAGGGCUAAGGAAGCUACAGAAGCAGAAAGUGUUACUUGAACCCCCAUCAGUGAUAACCAAAUGGGGUUAUAAAGAUUGCAUGAACUCGAAUGAAGGAAUAUAUUCUCCAGGAAUUAAGAGUAGCAGCCUCAAGGAAUAUCCUCCCUGCAAAGCACCUGGCCCAGAGAACCCCUGCAAGGACCCCUACAAGACAUUCAUCUAUGAUACAGAUUCUCAUGAGGAUGCAGAAGAUGACUCCUCUUCCUUAUCAUUGCUGCAAGCUGUUCCAAACCAGGGCUGCAGGUUGCAUGGCAGUAAGUUAAUCCACAGUGUCUCCGACAGUUUGUUUGGCUGGGAACCACAUGGAAAACACUUUUCAGAAGCUUCAUCCUCAGUUUAUCCCAGGGAAAGUCCUGAAAGGUUGACUCGUUGUGCCAGCAGUUGUCCCUUUGAGAGGAAGCUGUGUCCCAUUGUGCGUGCCCCUCGGGUGCAGAGGGAGAGAGAUCCACACAGCCACAGCCAUGACCACACGGGUCUUAAUCUCCAGCUUUCAGACACUGAUGACAAUGAAACCCUAGAUGAGUUGCACAUAGAAAGCAGUGAUGAGAGAAGCCCUUCAGACUUGUCAUUGACUGCUGACACCGACAAGUCCAUGGAGAACCUGGACAUCCUCGUGGGACUUGGAAAACCUCAACUUGGGUCUCCUGAUGACGAAGAAACACAAGUGCCCACCAACUUGGAGACUAAGCCAAAGACAUUUAGUUUCAUUAAGCAGAAAAGGGUUGUGAAAAGGACUUCCUCAGAAGAAUGUAUUACUGUGAUAUUUGAUGCAGAAAAUGGUGAACCCGUUGAAUUCAGUUCUCACCAGACUGGAGUUGUUACCGUUACUAGGGAUGAAAUUUCUAUCAACACACCCCCUGCCGGAUCCAAGGCAGAACACACUGAACUUUUACCUCAGGGAAUUGCUCAUUUACAGCCAGGAGCUACUGCAAGAGACUGUUCCUUCUUAAAGAGACCUGAUGAGGAAACUGAGAAAAACAUUCCAAAAGCUGAUGUGGACAGUGUUCCCAUGGUGCCCACUGACUCUUUCAGCCCCAGGACUGUCACUAGAAAUACCCCACGACAGAAGUUAGCCAAGCCAACACAUGGUAUGUCAUGUCAGAGCAGUUCUAGGUCCUUGGCAUCCAUGGGUAUCUAUCAAAAGCAAAAUCUGACAAAAAUACCUACCAGGGGCAAGUCCUCACCUCAGAAAUCAAGAACAAUGGAGACCGAAGCCCCUAUGCUAGUCUCCUCCUCUGACCCAGUAACUUUGGAAAAAUCACCAACCUUCUCUCCAGGGAAACUUUCACGAUUCAUGAAGACAGAGAGCCCAGGACCCCUCUGUGAUAUACGGACAGAUGCAUACUUUCUAAAACACCCCAACAAGCCCCCUCACAGCCCAAAAAUGUCCAGCAGAAGGGAUUGGGUUCAGUGCUCCAAGAGUCAUACCGCAGGGUCACAGUCAAGGCCCCUCAUAGAGUCUGGUGACAGUAGCGACCCUCCCACAAGGGAUAAACACUGUGGCUCUUGCCUAGAGGUGGGGGUGAGCUCUCCCUCUCCACCGCCCCCUCCAGACAGGUCAGUCUCCCUGCUGCUCAGGCCCAGUCAUGACUGUCCUCAAUCACCUUCAUCAAGCAAGCCUGAAAUCAGGGUCCCCAAUGACACAACAAGGACAGGGUUCAGCUUUCCAUUGCUGAGAGGAUCCUCUGCUCCUGUCAUUUCUUCUAGUCAUGCAAUGACAGAAGCAAGGAAGAAAGCUUCUAUAGCCUUCAAACAGCCUGUCUUCACACAGCCUCUGCCAUCCUCAGAAACAGUGAUUCACAACAGAUGCUCUGCUCGUGUUCCCUCCAGCUCCUUUGCCAUGAUGGCCCCUGGGCCUUCAAAGGUGUCUCCAAAGAGAGGUGUCCCCAAAACCUCUCCUCACCAAGCACUUCAGUCCACACACUCGGACACAGGGUUCCAGAGCCCCAAAACCUGUUCUUCAACUCAUGAGCCUCUGGAGAUACGGUCUUCUGAAAGUGCAUCUCUAGGGAGAAAAGGAGAAUUGGAUGACAGUGUCCCAACAUCUUCUAAGCCGUCCUUCUUGGAAACUAAGGAGACACCAUCAUCUCAGGUUAAUACUCCCUCCUCCUGCUCCUCUUCCUCCUCCUCUAAAAGCCAUAGUACCUCACAUGGUUGUCAAAACCCUCUUGAGAAAGGACUGAAAACUCGCCUCCCAGUGGGACUCAAAGUUCUCAUGAAGUCUCCCCAGUUGCUCAGGAAAAGUUCCACGGUGCCAGGGAAGCAGGAAAAAGAUAGUUUAAAUGAGGCCUCGAAAAGCUCUGUGGCCACAAGCAAGUCUAAGCUCAAGGACUGUAAGACACCUGUGAACCUAGAGAGCUCAGGAGGUGAGAGAAACACAACCGUGUUGGGUGUCCAGGCAUCUGAAGAUGCAGAAGAAGGGCUUCCCCUGGAGAGAGCAAUGCCCAAGUCAUUGGAAAGUAGCAUCCCGGGGGCCGAUGGGCGAGAGGGAGUGGAAAACAGACCAGUGAAAAGAUCCCUCUCCUCUAGCAAACCGCACCUCAAGCCAGCUCUAGGCAUGAAUGGUGCCAAAGCACGGAGCCAGAGCUUCAGCAUGCACUCAGGAGACAAGCCCUCCACGCCGCCCACAGAAGGGCCAGGCAAAAUCCGAACUCAGAUCAUUACCAACACUGCCGAGAGAGGCAAUUCUCUCACCCGGCAGAGCGCUUCCACAGAAGGCUCCCCCAGCAAGACCCCUUCUGCUCCCACAUCUGAGGGUCUCCCUGCUGCCGGGAGGUCCCCAGGGUAUCCCUUCUCCAGGCAGGCCUCCCCGGGGAGCACAAGCGGUUCUAACACCCAGCAUGGGAGCCCAAGCAAGUUGCCUUUGAGGAUCCCCCCGAGGUCCGAAGGACUCCUCGCCCCACCUGGGGCAGAAGAGCAGCAGGCCUGCAUCCAGAGAGAAUGUCCCCAUGUGGUACCUGAGGAACCAGGCAGUGACCCCUCCAGGUAUCCACCCACCCCAACAGACUGUCCUCAAACACUGCAGGCCCCAGGCAGGCUACAGCAUCCAAGCAAUUUGGAAACAAGCAGGACAUCAAAGCUGGAAACUUUUGGAAGGCAUCCAGAUGACUCCAUAACUGAGACUGCUGCUGUGAGCCCAGAAACCCCCCUGUCACCCACUAUCGAAGAAAAAGUCAUGUUGUGCAUUCAGGAAAAUGUGGAAAAGGGCCAAGUGCAAACAAAGUCCACCUCUGUGGAAGUGAAACCAAAAGCCGGGCCUUCUUUUGCCAGCUGGUUUGGUUUUCGGAAAAGUAGACUUCCAGCUCUCAGUAGCAGAAAAAUAGAUGCCUCCAAAACCAAAAUGGAAAAGAAAGAGGCAAAAGUCUUGGGGUUUGGAAAUAAGCAACUGAAAUCAGAGAGAAAAAAAGAGAAAAAGAAGCCUGAACUACAGUUGAAAGUGGAAAAUGAGCUUCAUAGGAAUGCCAAGUCAGCAGACAGUCCAGACAGUGGUUUGCCAAGCAAAAAGAAUCUAAAAACAUCACAAGACAUUUACAACCAAAUGAGGUUUGGACCAAGAGCUAGACCCAGCCCUGUUACAUGUUCAACAAAAGAUAACUUUAUGGAGGAACUUUUGAACAGAGUUGAUAAGAAAGGAGCUUACCAGACAGAAAGUGGAUCAAAUAAUGGUUCCUGCAGGAACAUGUUAAAGGGCACUUCCCAGGGCUCCUGUAUCAUUGGCAGCCCUAGCAGCACCCAAGGAAGCCACAAGAAAAACAUCAAAACCAAAGCUGAUAUGGAAACACCAAGAGACUCCCUGAUAAAAGAGGCAAAUGAACACUUGGAAGAGGAUGAAGAAGAUACAAUUGCAGAUUCUGCAUUUCAGAGCCACAUCACAGAAUCAAACUGCCAGAUGAGAACACUAGACAGUGGGAUUGGAACCUUCCCACUCCCAGACUCGGGAAAUCGCUCAACAGGACGAUACAUAUGCCAGCCAGAGCCUCCAGAGGACACUGAGCCCCUCCUGUCUCUCCAGCCAGCCCCUUCCAUAGCUUCUUCUGUCAGAGCCCAAACCCUUGAACGAGAAGUGCCUUGCUCCACAGAUAGCCAGUGCUCUACAGAGACCACCAUUGUUCAGUCUACAUCUGACACCAUCAUGAUGGCCAGAGGGCUGCGACCUCCUCAAAGUCGACUUCCCAAACCAGCUUCCUCAGGAAAAACCAGUUUCCAAAAGGGGAGUGAAGCAGAGCCAAGGCCUCAGAAUUGCUCAUCAUUUGAAUAUGCUGAAGACACCAUGGCAAGGGAGCCCCUCCCAGACCGGGGGGGUGAGGAUGGCACUGCUGAGACCCAGAACAAGGUACCCGGAGUGUGUACAUACUCUGCCAGCUGCAGCAGUGAUAGUGACAGUGACCUGGUCUAGGAAAAUAAUGGUUUUGGAGCCGGAAGGGGAAAGUUAGUGAAUGCAAUGAAGAGCACCACCCCAGGUAACACGCGUGAGCACUCUGGACGUGUGGGCUCCUCUUUCUGGGAAGCUGCUGACUGCGCCUUUUCUGUGCUCAGUCCCUGGCCACCUUGA